AUGUUAUUACCCUCGCUGGCGACUGCCAUCCCACUGGCAGUCGUCUGGGCGUCUUCGGGUGCUCUGGCAGCUAGUGACAAAGCCAACAAUGCAGCCAAUGCUCUGCUGGCCUCAUUUUCUAUCAACACCGUCUCUGCGACUGUUGCUAGCAUACCAACCGACCUAGCAAAUGCAAAAGCGGCCAUUCUUGCCGGGAACUAUACCUCGCGUCGGCAUUUCCAGGGCAGGGAUGGCUGUCCUGUCGGCUGCGCCAGCGCCGACAUCGAUACCAGCGCAUGGUUCGUGUAUGGCAGCCUCGACCGUCUUGAUAGGGCGUGCAGCAGGCCCAUGCUCUUGGACUUUGCACUCGCCAACCCUAUAGACGACAAAAAGUCGCAUGUCUCAAUUUCUGCGUGCACGGCGGACUAUUCAAAUGCCUCUGUCUCUGUCUCUGAUUCUGCUUCGUGUGCUUCAACCGAUGCGGAACAGACCGAAACAAGCUCGUCUCUGCAGACGGCAUCAUCGGGGACUUCAUCUUCAAAGCAUGUGGCCGACGUUGCCGCUGUUUUGGAUCAACUUCAGGCAUAUGCAAAAUUGUCUGAUGCAAAAUGUACCGAAAUUAUCAAAUUUGGUUAUUCCGGUGACGUCGCAGUGGGUGUCUAUGCUGGUUCGGGACUUGCCAGCCAGGGGGUGCUGAGUUCAGUUCUUGAGAAGCUGAGCACAAAAAUCAGCGAUGAUGGCAGUAUUGCAGAGAGCUUUGCCGUCGAAUUAUGCAGUGACCUCUCAUCCCGGUACUCAUUGAGUGUUGUGGUUAACACCAAUGGUGAUUUGGGUGCUGUUCAGCGUAGACUCCAGGCGUCGAAGAAUGGCACAUGUGUUUCCACAAAGGCUGAAAUAUCGACUGCGUCUACCCUGCAAACUGUGAGCUAUUUUGUUCCUGUUUCAGCCAACGCUACAAACACUACCAUCACCAAGUCGACUCGCGCUACUGAAUGCGAGACCAUUCAAGUAGAGUCCGGAGAUUCGUGUGCCUCACUCGCAGAUGAGUGUGGAAUCACAGCGGCAAAGUUCACCGAAUACAAUUCGGACUCGAGUUUAUGCUCUAGUCUGACCCCAGGCAAACAUGUCUGCUGCACCUCAGGCACUCUUCCGGACUUCACCCCCAAGCCUGGCUCUGACGGCUAUUGCUACACGUAUCUGGUGAAGGCGGGUGACAACUGCGCAUCCAUCGCAGCGGCCUACGAUCUGACCAAUGAAAAGAUCGAGUCAUUUAACUCAAAGACUUGGGGCUGGAAUGGCUGCGAGAAGCUUUUUGCAGACUACAACAUUUGUCUCAGCACUGGUUACCCGCCUAUGCCGGCCAACGUCGCAAAUGCUGUCUGCGGACCGCAGGUGAAUGGCACAGUCAAGGCGCCUCCCAACACAGAUUUGAGUACCUUGAACCAGUGCCCAUUGAAUGCAUGCUGCAAUAUCUGGGGCCAGUGUGGAACAACAGGAGAUUUCUGUAAUCCUUCCAACUCAUCGACGGGAGCUCCAGGAACUGCUGCCCCUGGAGAAAACGGAUGUAUCUCCAACUGUGGGACAGAUAUCAUCACGUCCGAUGCGCCUAGUGAGACCUACAACAUUGCCUACUUUGAGGCCUUUGACUGGAAACGCCCCUGUCUGCGCAUGGCGGUUAACCAAAUCGAUACCUCUGUCUAUACGCACAUUCACUACUCUUUUAUCACUCUCAAUGAGGACUUCUCCAUCAACACUGAUGAGGUCGCCGACCAGUUAGACAUUUUUAGAGGAAUGACUGGUAUUAAGAAGAUUGUGGCUGUUGGUGGCUGGGCAUUUUCUACGGAGCCCGCCACAUACGAGAUCUUCCGCAAUGCCGUGGCAACAGCAGCAAAUCGCAAGACGCUUGUCACAAAUAUCGUCAACUUUCUCGAUAACUAUAACCUCGACGGCGUGGACUGGGAUUGGGAGUACCCCAACGAGCCUGAUAUUCCUGGUAUUCCAGCAGGCACUGAGGCUGAGACUACCGGUUUCUUCCUGUUGCUGAACGAGCUUAAGCAGAAGAUCGGAUCUGGCAAGUCAGUCUCGGUCACCGCACCUGCUUCGUUCUGGUACCUGCAAUACUUCCCAAUCGAGGCUCUGAGUCUAGUUGUUGACUACAUUGUCUACAUGACCUACGAUCUGCACGGCCAGUGGGACUAUAUCAACAAGUACGCUACACCAGGAUGUCCGUCCUAUGACCAGGGACUAGGCAACUGCCUGCGGUCCCACGUUAACCUUACUGAGACGAUCAACUCGCUUUCAAUGAUCACCAAGGCGGGUGUGCCAUCCAACAUGAUUGUCGUAGGUGUGAGCAGUUACGGCCGCUCAUUCCAAAUGAGUAGCGCAGGUUGCUACACAGAACAAUGCACGUACACGGGUCCGGACUCCGGGGCCUAUCCAGGCCAGUGCACCAACACUGCCGGUUACAUCUCCGACUACGAGAUUGGCAAAAUCCUCAAACAGAACCCCUCCGCCCAGGACCUCUUUGAUGAUGAUUCGUACUCCAACAUUCUCGUGUUCAAUGAGACACAGUGGGUCGCGUACAUGGAUGAGGACAAUAAGGAAACGCGCAAGGCCCUAUAUCCGUCCUUGUCCUUCCUCGGAACAGCAGACUGGGCCGUCGACCUGCAGUCCGAGAGUGGCACUGGAAGCGGAAGUGGAAGUGGAAGUGGAGAUGACUCAGGCUCCUCUGGGGACAUCUACUAUGUUGACCCCGAUAUCUGGAACUCGGACUCGCCCGUGGUGACUGCUCCUCCUGGCGCUUCGCUUAUCUGGCCUCCCAUGCCCCUGACGACUCCCACUACCAUCACAUUCCCUCCGUGGACGACGACCAUCACUUAUUCUAGCAUCACGACGCUCACAAGCACACUCUCCGAUGGGACGACUUCGACCUAUCCGUGGUUUGUGUACGAGUCUUGGUUGACUGUGCUCACAAUUCCUCCCCUGACAACCACGGCCAUUGAUAUCUGGGGCGUUUCUCUUCCUACCACCAGCUCUGGCUCGAGCUCAAGCUCCAGCUCGACGACAGGAGGCAUCAUUCCCAUCAUCUUGACCAGCUCCGUGCAGCCACCCCCUUUCACGAUCAUCGUUACCCCGGUGCUAAGCGGCACUACUUCCAUCAUUGGAGCAACCAAGACAACAACAAUUAUCCCGGUCCCCAUUACAAGUGGCACCAAAACAUACUAUCCUUCGACGGAAACCAGGACGCUUGGUGGAGAAACCACCAUCAUCGGUGGGGAAACCUUGCCCCCGGUACCCAUCACCAUCACACCCAAUCCUCAUCCAACAACCACUCCUGGGCCUGGGACCACGGAUCCUGCAUUGAACUCCAAUAAGCCUUCUUGGUCUCCUGGUAAACCACCUGUUCCUACAGCUAGCCCGGGGUGCCCAGGAUGUGGAAUUAGUUGCAUCUUGUUCUGUAAUUCUGACUGUCCCUUCUGCCCACCUGGUGUGUUUGGUCCUACUGGUGGUGGCGGCGAUGGCGGCGAUGAUAAUGAUGAUGAUGAUGACGAUGAUGAUGACGAAGACGAGGAGCCUGCCGAUUACACAAUGGUGAUUGGAAAUAUGGUCAACGAUGUCUUCGAGACAGCAUUGGCGGUCGAUUCGGAGCUGUCUUCCAUUGAUUCCUUAAUUAUAUCUCGCGCCAGCUCUCUCUGGAACCCCUCCACCACCACUACCACCACCACUACAACUACUAAGACGACAACCACAACUACGACAAAGCCCACUCCCACGCCAACAGCAGACUGCAUGUUCUGGGAUACCAUCUUUUUCUAUACAUUUGAGGUUUACAACAUCGAUGGUUGGGUGAGCGAUGGCGGCGACUCGCUACAUGACGAGGAAAAAGGCUGUGGAGCUAUAGCAUCUUGGGAAUGGCAGGAUGAAACCUCAGAUAAGUAUGCUUAUGUUUACUUCACCCUGCCUUUCCUCAUGAAGGCCGGAUGCGUUGAGCGGGCGAUUGUCUCCGCUGGUGGACCGAAGAUCUCGUGUAAGGGUGGAGGUGUUGGUCCACCAAUUAAGCGAGACUUGCACAUUGGCACAGAGGAGGACGUGGUGGAAUACUAUCAUGAUGAUAGCGCCGACGAUGAGGCGGAGUAUUGGGUGCCAUUGAGUACGCGAGAUGGUAGUAAGACUCCGAUGACGCCGGCUUUCCCCUCGUGGACAAACGAUCAAAUGGAGGAGUAUCAGACCUUCUAUGAGGAGCUGGACUUGGACGCUGCAGAGUCGGAUGUGGAAUAUGUGCCGAUGACUUGGACAGCGACAAGCACGAGCAGUCCCAUGACAACGUCCGCCUAG